AUGCCCACAAUAUUGACUGACAUCAUUAAUUGUUCUCUUUCAUGCUUUGUUUCUUUCGGGGAAUUUAUGUCAUCCUAGGCAAAAGCAGUUAUUAAAACUACUGAAGAUUGUUUACAGCCUCUGUUUGGUAUCAGUCGACUUUUGCAUUCAGUAGUGGUGUCACAAGGGUCAGGACUUCAAGAUUGCUCCACACAUCAAACAGUUUCAGAUCACAGGCAUGAUGAAAUAUCAGCCCUAUAUGGCAACAAAUCAAACAGUAAAAACAAUUCUUGCCUUAUAUCAGCAUCCAAGAGAGACAGACCUGUCUGUGCUCCAGUGGGUCAACUGAGUGUUGUCUUCUUUACAAUUUCACCCUAUUGGAGCUGGUAUAAAAUGUCUCAAAGACUCAAACUUCAACCAAGAUUGAUUAGAGUAACAGCUUACAAAAAUGGAUCCAGAACAGUCUUUGCCAAAGUUAUUGCACCAACCAUCACCUUGUUGCUGGAGGAGUGUACAGAAAAGCUGAAUCUGAACAUGGCCGCACGACGAGUGUUCUUGGCAGACGGCACUGAAGCCCUCAGACCUAAAGAUAUACCCCAUGAAGCUGACAUUUAUGUUUCAACUGGAGAGCCCUUUAUAGAUCCAUUCAAAAAAAUGGAAGACCAUCUGUUGUUAAUGAAGAAAGUAACUUGGACAAUGAAUGGACUGAUGCUCCCUACUGAUGUCAAAAGAAAGAAAACCAAGCCUGUUCUUUCUAUUAGAAUGAAGAAACUUAUUGAGAAGAAGAUUUCAGUCCGAAUUCUAUUUUUGAGAAUGGUAUGGGGCAAGAUGGGCAUGAAAUUACAGUGGAAAAGGAAACUGUAG